AUGCAGAACGAGAUGUUGAAAGUGAUGGCUUUGAGUGUUUUGCGAGAGAUUGGUGCAUCAAUUCAGAGUGCACCAUUCUUCACUGUAAAGGUUGAUGAAACAACAGAUGUUUCUAACAUGGAGCAGGUUGUAGUGUGUCUUAGGUGGUUUUGUGACACGUUCAAAGUUUAUAAGGAGUUCGUUGGAAUACAUGAUGUAGCAUUGACUAGAGCUGAGACCAUCUACGCUGCUAUAACUGAUAUGCUUUUGCGGAUGAAUCUUUCUGUUUCAAAGGUGCGUGGCCAUUGCUAUGAUGGGACUGCUACUAUGUCUGGUGUGAAAUCUGGUGUGGUGGGGCGUUUGUGUGCAGCUGAGCCCAGAGCUGUUUAUACCCACUGUUAUGGUCAUUCGCUAAACUUGGCCUUUUCUGAUAUCAUCAAGAGGUGCAAAAUAAUGCAGAAUGCGUUAGAUACCACACAUGAGAUCACAAAACUGAUUACGAAAUUACCUACUCCUGAAGCUGUCAUUAAGGAACUUAAGGAAGAAAUGCACACUUUGCCUCCAAGAAUUUGUAUUUUAUGUCCAAAAAGGUGGACUAUCCGUGCCGAAUCUUUGAAGAGCAUUCUUGAUAAUUAUAGUGUUCUUUUGGAGCUUUGGGCUAAGUCAUUGGAUUAUGUCAAGGAUACAGAAAUGAAAGCACGAAUUCAAGGUGUUGCUUCUCAGAUGAUGAACUUUGACUACUUUCUUGGCAUCUCAUUGCGUUUACUAAUCUUACAACAAACUGACAACCUCUGCAGAGCAAUGCAGAAGGUAGAUAUGUCAGCAGCAGAAGGUCCAGAUGUUACAGGCAUGACUGUUUCCACCCCGAGGUCAAUGCGCAAUGAUGCCGUCUUUGAUCAGUUUGGCAGAAGACUACAGGCUUCAGCUGCAAAUCUUGAUGUUAACAAGUCUGUCCUACCUCGACGUCGCAAGACUUCUCGUCGCCUUGAUGAUGGUUCCGCGCCUAUCGUACAUGCGACAGUGGAGGACCACUAUCGUGUCAUCUAUUUUGAGGCACUGGACCUCAUUACUUCUUGCAUUGAGAAUCGUUUUGACCAGCCAGGCGAAGACCUACAACAAAGAUGCGCCGCAGGCCAAUUGGAGCAGAUGUAUCAAGUCACCAAAUUAUUAAAGCUAUUGCUUGUGAUGCCAGCUACAAAUGCAGAAAGUGAAAGGUCAUACAGCGCCCUUCGACUACUAAAGUCUUACCUACGCUCAACGAUGUCUCAGCGGCGUCUGAACCACUUGAUCCUCUUAAAAGUGCACAAGAGCCAUGUUGACAGCCUUAAUCUUGUGGAAGUGGCAAAUGACUUCAUUACUGGUCAUGACCAUAGAAAAUAUGUGUUUGGUACAAAGUUCGAAGAAUCUGAUUUUGAAUUUUAA